ACGCCGCCUGCACUGGAAAACACAACCAUACUGGGAACCGAGGUUCCCGUGCGGGCUGCGUUUUCCAAAGAAGUGCAGGGACUUCUUCCCUGCGUGUCACUGGCAUGGGAGUCCAUUCAAAUGAAUGGGUUCUCGUGCCCGUGCAAAACGCGACCCGCACAGCCGCAUAUAUGUGAACCCGGGGUAAAGCAAGUCGCUGAGAGCCAGAGCCAGACCCUCUCGCCCCCUUCAUAGCCCAACACUCCAGUGAGAGACUGAAAGU